GUCCCAAACGACGCCCUGUACGUCGCGUGCUGCAGGGAGCUUGAAAGCGCGAGUUGUACAGAGCGUUAGACGAGCAGUCACGCGUGCGUCUACAGCUGUAGUUAAGUUAAUUGGUUAUUUGACGCGAGGAGCAGUAAACAGUUGUUUUUAUCUAUAACUCGAGUGUGUUUCGUAAAACUCAUUCAUGUCUGAAACACGCAAGAGAAAGCGUUACGGCGGGCACGCGCCGAGGAAACUGAAGGGCGCUCGCGAGCUGGAGGUGGGAGCUGAGGGCGUGCUUGUGACCUGUAACAUGAACGAGCGAAAGUGUACGAGGGAAGCUUACAAUCUUCUUAACGAGUACGCGGAUGCGCUCUACGGCCCAGAGCAGACAGGUGACAGCCUCAGUGAGGGUGAGGAGGAAGAUGCAGAGGCAGCACUGAAGAAAGAGGUGACACAAAUCCAAACAUCCAUGAAGAAACAUCAGCAGAGGUUCACAGCAGUAGAGAGCGGAGCCAAUAAUGUGCUCUUCAUACGUUCUCAUGGGAUAGACCCAGAGAAGCUGGUUCAUCACAUCCUGUCAGAUCUUCAUCAGACCAAGAAGAAGAAGUCUCGGGUGAUUUUGCGGAUGCUGCCGGUGAGCGGCACGUGCAAAGCGUUUCCAGAGGACAUGGAGAAAUAUCUCAGCGUGUUUCUGGAGCGCUGGUUCAAAGCACCGCUGAAGGCCACGUAUCAGAUCUGCUUCAAAGCCCGAAACAGCAGCCACAACAAGAGAGAUGAUGUCAUCAAAGACAUUGCUGCUUUGGUGGAUAAACUGAACUCAGAGAAUAAAGUGGAUCUGACCAAUCCUGAGCUUACCAUCAUCAUUGAGAUCAUCAAGGCCGUCUGCUGCGUCAGCGUCGUCAGGGACUACAUGCUCUUCCGCAAGUAUAACCUACAGGAAGUCACUAAAGAGCCGGCCAAUCAGAAUCCAGGCCAACAGGAAGCAGCCAAGAGUGCAGCCAAUCAAACACAGGAGGACAACAACGGCACCUCCGUCGAUGGAAGCGCAGCUGGUUGUGAUGUGUCCGCCGGUGACGUGCAGAAAGAGGCGGAGCCUGAGUGAAUGUGUUCAAGUGUUAUAAGCAUUGAUGUAUAGUAUUGACAGAUGAAAAGUGUGUGUGUGUGUGUGUGUGUGUAUGUGUGUGUGUGCAGAAGUGUGUGUGUGUGUGUGUGUGUGUGUGUGUGUGUAUAUGUAUAUGUGUGUCUGUGCAGAAGUGUGUGUGUGUGUGUGUGUGUCUGUGUGAGUGUGUGUGUGUAUCUGUGUGUAGACAGUCGGCUGUGAACUGCCACUUUUAAAAAUCUUUUAUGUGUUUUGUUUGGGCUUUUGUGUUUUAGCUGAAUUUUUGUAAGUGUAAUUUCAGUAUUACACCACAUAAUUUUUCCUCAUUUUGAUGAUUUUUUUUUUCAGAUAAACUCUGAUCUGAGUCUUUAGGACAGAGUUUCCUCUGAUCGUAAUGCAGAGGUUUGUGUCAAUCAUAUAAAAACAUUAAAUCAAAUAAAAAUCAUCAUUUGAAUGA